GGGGUACGUAUGGAUUACAGCAGGCAACUCCCAGCUAUUUUGACGAAUCACGACUGCGUGUGUGGUGUUGUGGCGCAUGCUGCGCCCCGUCUUCACAGGGGAUAUGAAUGCCUAAGGCAACUACCCCGUGAGCUCCCUGCUAUAUAAGCCGUCACACCCCCUCCUACCCCUGGCUCUGAACUUGUCCCCCUUUCCUCUCCUUUUCAUGCUUUCAUCAAAGACGGACUUUCACAACCAUCAAGCUAGCAACUGCCUUUAUCCUGAGUCAACUGGAACAACUGGAACCUGCAAGUCAUCAUCUAUAUCGGAUCAUGGCAACACUCAGCAGUGUCUUCACCGAGACUCUCCAUGAGAUCACCACCAUCAAGCUCGACGAGCUAUCCAAGCGACGAGCCGCCUUUGACGCAACCAAGUCGGCCGUGCUGUCAUGCAUCGAAAACAUCGUCGAUCCCAUCAAGCGUGUUAGAACUCUGAGUGAUGGCGUCAAGAAGUGCUUCUCCAUCAUGACUGACAAGGGAGGCAAGGUGGUGAAGGACCAGACCAAACAUCAACGUCUGGAGACGGAGAUCAAGAACCUCGACCGCUUCUUAGCACAGGCAGACAAUGACCCCUCCGUCUCAGCGGAGAUGAUCGGAAGUUGGGAGCGGUCCUUGAGGCGACACCUCGAUAUGCUAUCGCUGAAGUACCAAUAUGCUUCCCUCUACGGCGAACUGGUGACGGAGCGGCUGGCGGAUGGCAAGGGUGCAGAAGAAGUGUUCCGGGGUGAUGUGGAGAUGGGCGAAGCAUUUGAGGAUGUGGGAAACGCCACGAAGUUGGAGGCGAGGAUGGAGUGGGAGGAGACUGUGUUCAAGUCGGCCGACAUCGACGUUGAGGUGCUCUCCAAGUAUCUUGGCUGGCUUUUUGGUGUUGGCUCCAAGAAUCCCGAAAAAGAAAAAGUCCUCGACGCACUCAAGGAGCUUCGCGACGGAGUGGGCAAGUUUGAAUCAGAGCUUGCCAGGCCGAGUCAAUUCACAAAUCAGACACUCGACUGGGUUAUCAACGGGCUCUUGGCGUCCGGCUUGCUCCCGGAUGAAAAGCAGCAGGUCCUGAAGGACUUCCUCGGCAAUCCGACAAUCCUCACCGAGAUCGCCCAUGUGCUCAACAUGCGCCUCAAUGCGUUGGACUCGUGGUCUUGGGGCGCUGCUGGAGUCCCAGUGGAGCAGCGACGCAAGAUCAGCGGCGUGUACAACAUGGACAUGCACGAGGACAUACUCCAGGCCAUCUUUUUGCAGUACAUCGGCGUGAAGUGGUCUAUAUUCAUCAAGGAAGCCCUAAAGGAAUUUCGCGGAUACAAGGGGGCCUGGAAGUCCAUGCGCCCUGACAUCCCAAGCCUCGACAGGAAGAGGCUCGAAUACUACCUCGGCGACAUUCCCAGGGGCCCUUGCAUACAGACAGCGCGACAGAGUUUGCAUCGGAAGAAUUUUAUGUGCCACCUUCCGGACCAUGAGUGGGAACAGGCGGAUAUUGCAGAGGGUGAGGAGGCGGCCGAGUUUGAAGAAUUCGCAGCGGCACAGCCCGAGGCCAGUAAAUGCGCAAGAAAGUCGGCGCCCUCAUUUAUUGGAAGGAGCACCAAGGCUUUAAUUGCCCGGGGUGCAGUGAGGCACAGACGAAUUAUUCAGGAAAAAGACUGGGACGACGAAAACCCUGGAUGGGACGAGGAGGACUAUGACGAGGAUGCGCCCAAAACCCCGAUGCAGCGUCAGCAGCGUUUGCUCCAUCUGCUCUCCGCCGAGAUUGCCAUCAACACUAGAUUGCAUGGGGAGAUCACGGCUUUUCACUCGGUCUUCGCAGACUGGGACCAGCUCCUACCCCACGAGACGAUUCUGACCUUGAUGAGGUUCCUCGGCGUCUCAGACACGUGGCAGGCCUUCUUCGCCAGGUUCCUUGCGGCCCCCCUGAAAUUCGUCGAAGACGACGCGUCGACCCCUGCGCGAACCCGACGACGCGGCACGCCAUCCUUGCAUGCCCUGAGUGACUUUUUCGGCGAGACCGUGCUGUUCUGUCUCGAUUUUGCCGUCAACCAGACUACGGCUGGGAAGCCACUCUGGCGGAUCCACGACGAUAUCUGGUUCUGGGCCUCGGACCACGCCGUCGCGGUCAAGGCAUGGAAGACGGUGUCUGACUUUGCUCAAGUGACCGGGACGUCUGUCAACGCAGGCAAGACAGGAACUGUUCGCAUCGCCCUGGACCCCGACGCCAGCCCCGCCAUCGAUGCGUCCCUGCCCCGGGGCCAGAUCCGCUGGGGUUUCCUGCAGCUAUGCCCCCGGACCGGCCGGUUCGAGAUUGACCAAACCAUGGUAGACGCGCACAUCACCGAGCUCCGCAAGCAGCUGCUCCGGAACAAGCGGUUGAGCAUCCUGGGCUUCGUGCAGAUCUGGAACUCGUACGCCGCCACCUUCUUCACCGCCAACUUCGGCCGGCCGGCCAACUGCUUCGGGCGGUCCCACGUGGACUCCAUCCUAGCGACGCACGCGCGCAUCCAGCGCAAGACCUUCGCCGGCGCCAACGAGGCAGGCAGCGUGGUGCAGCACCUGAAGGACCAGCUGGCGCUCCGCUUCGGCAUCGCCGACGUGCCCGACGGCUACGUCUUCCUCCCCGCCGAGCUGGGCGGCCUGGCGCUGCGGGCGCCGUCCAUCCCGGCGCUGCUGAUCCGCGACGCCGUGCUCGGGGACGCCGAGGAGCCGUUCGAGGAGCUGCGCAGGUCCGAGCGAGACGCCUACGCUGCCGCCAAGGCGGCCUUCUUCCACGCCGGCGAGGGCGCCGCCGCCCGGCAGGGCUCGAAAAGGGCGCCGCCCGAGGGGGAUCGCGAUGACCCUGAGGAGAUCUUCAUGGGCUUUGAGGAGUUUGUGCGCUGGCGCGAAGAGUUUGAGUUCGAGGAGCACGACAUGCAAGUUCACGAUGUCUUCAGGGUCCUGAUGGAGCGGCCGACGGAAGAGAGCGUUGAGGAGAAUGGGGGCAAGGUACUGAGUGCGCUUGGCGGGUUGGAAGGUAUUGGCGGGGGGAUUGCGAAAAGCUGGCGCACCCUGGAGCCAUACUGGAAGUGGAUUGCGAUGAUGUAUGGCCCGGAGAUUGUGGACCGAUUUGGAGGAUUAGAUAUCGUCGAUCCGGGCCUGUUGCCAAUGGGGAUGAUGAGCUUGGUUCGGGACAAGAGGGUGACUUGGCAGGGGUAA